GUUCAUACUUCAUUUCUUGAUUUAGUUCCAGUUGAGUUAUAAGCGUCUUGAUUUUAAUUCUACAAUGGGUGAUAAAAUCCUUCUCUACUAGGUACAUUUCUAGAGUGUACAAAAAGAAAAAUAAGAACAUAAGGAUUGGUGAAAUUUUCUGUUGUUUCGGUGAAAAACUAUUGUUAUGUAAUGGCAAUAGAUCGUUUUUUUUUUCGUAUUCCUGCUGACAUCGUAAAUAGAUUUUUUUUUUUUUUUAAAUUCCAUUUCCUCUUUCUUUCAUUUAUCCAAUCUACAGUUUCUGAGCACAUAUUCUUUGUUUGAUUACAAAAAACGGCUCUUGUACAUUUGGGUAUACACCAAAACCCUAAAUUUCCAUUGAACUAUACCGACCAUGAUCUACUUGCGCCUAUAUGUUGCUAUGCUACAUCUUUGAUUUAAUGACAUUCAAAUAUUUCUCAAAUUUGUGGUUUCAUUUUGUUUGUCAUCAGUAGGGGUUAAUUGAACUAGAUUUAACAAAUUACAUACAAUGGCUGAUGAACCUGUGAAAGAUUCCAAUUCCAUAUGGAGUAGAGAGCAGGAUAAAGCUUUUGAAAAUGCUUUGGUUGAUUACCCUGAUGAAGACGAUGAGAAUCGAUGGGAGAAAAUUGCUGGCGAUGUUCCAGGGAAAUCAGUCGAAGAGAUUAAGCGUCAUUACGAGAUGUUAAUGGAGGAUUUGGAUCGAAUUGAAUCUGGACUUGUUCCUUUGCCUUGUUAUAGUUCCUCUUUGGAUGAUGACUCAGAAAGCCAUGCGGGUAAUGAUGGUGGAAGUGGGACCAGUAAGAAAGCUCAGAACACAAAUGAAUCCAAUCAUAAUCAUGGAGGUAAAGCCUCAAAGUCAGAUCAAGAACGACGCAAGGGGAUUGCUUGGACUGAAGAUGAACACAGGUUAUUUCUUCUUGGUUUGGAGAAAUAUGGGAAAGGAGAUUGGCGGAGUAUAUCAAGAAAUUAUGUGGUGACACGGACACCAACACAAGUAGCAAGUCAUGCACAAAAAUAUUUCAUUCGUUUAAACUCCAUGAACAAAGACAGGAGGCGAUCAAGCAUCCAUGACAUCACUAGUGUCAACAAUGGUGACGUGUCGGUCCCACAGCCGCCAACAAACGCCAAACAAGCGCCAGGUGUCAGUGUCAAUAUGUAUGGCGGAACAACAAUUGGACAACCGGUAGGACCAGCGGUAGGAACACCAGUUAGUCUUGCACCACCACCACCACACAUGGCAUAUGGUGCACCACCACCACCCAAUAUGGAUCCUAGGGCAUCGCGUCACAGAUGAUGAAGGGGAAGAAGGAAAGUUUUUAAAAUUGUACAAACAAGGGUAGUAGCUAGGAAUGGAUCAACAUCAUAUGUUGUGGUUUGACUUACGUGAGUAGAAAUGAUUUUGAAUUUAGUUUAUUUUUAUGAGAUUAGUCUUUGAUGAUAUUAUAUUCUAAUAAGACAUAUAGGUGAAGAUUUUGCUUAUUAUAUUAAUUGUGUGCGUGGUUAAGUGACAAA